CAUAUAAGCAUCCGGUGUCCCAAAUCUACGCUAUCAUCUUAUGAGGAUUUGUGGUUAAACUAUAUGGAGAAUUCAACACAAGGAUUGCAAGACAAAUGUCAAGUGAAAUACCAAGUUCCGAAAAUGGAAGAUUAAAAGAACCUAUGCAGGAUUGCACAAUGUACACGUCCGAGCAGACUAAAAUCUCCAUCGACUUCCCAAAGGUUAAUAUCCACAAUUCUUGUGUCGUUCCACAACAUGAACUUGGUGAAAUGCAGAUUAAAGGAAAUGAGUUUGGUUUCAUAAAAGAUUGUUGGAGUCAUGAAAUGUUGCUGAGGCAUCAAAUGGAUUCACAUUAUCCACCCACGGGGAUCCAGUUCCAUUUGCAUCAGUAUGAGAAUCUGAAUGUUGAUUUUCCUGUUUUCGUGGAGAAAAGUACCCAGAAUUCUGAGAGCUAUCCAUAUGCAACCGGGAAUGUGAUUUCUGAUUCAAAGUAUCGAAUUCCAGUUCAACAACUGCUUGAUGAACUUGUUAAUGUCAACAAAGUAAAAUUGCAUUUUAAACACGAGUCCAUGAGUGAUUCCCAAGAAGUCUUUGGGGAAUCAAAGAAUCAACAAGGUACCAGAUCACUCUCAUCUGCAGAGAAACAAAAUUUGAAGAACAAGAUAACCAAGCUGUCGUCUAUGUUGAACGAAGUCGAUAGAAGAUACAAACAAUAUUCCCAUCAAAUGCAGGUUAUUGUAUCAUCAUUUGAUGUAUUGGCCGGGUGUGGAGCUGCAAAGCCCUACACAUCACGUGCUCUCCAAACCAUUUCAAGCCAUUUUCGGUGCUUGAGAGAUGCAAUUAACAACCAAAUAAAAGUCAUAUCAAGAAGCCUUGGUGACACAGAUUCAAAUGAAAACGAAAUUGUGAUAUCCAGACUGAGAUUUGUGGAUCAGCAGCUUAGAAAACAGAACCGUGUUCACCAAUUUGGCACGAUGCAAGAACAAGUUUGGAGGCCUCAAAGAGGACUUCCUGAAAGCUGUGUGUCAAUUCUACGUGCAUGGCUGUUUGAGCAUUUUCUUCAUCCAUAUCCAAAAGAUUCAGAAAAGACAACGCUAGCCAGACAAACAGGCUUGACCAAAAGUCAGGUUUCAAAUUGGUUUAUAAAUGCAAGAGUUCGUUUAUGGAAGCCAAUGGUGGAAGGAAUAUACCAAGAAGAAUCUGCAGAGGCUGCAAUGGACUCCAAUUCUUCAUCAGAAAUCGCACCGAAAGAGAGUUUGCUUGAUCAAGCACAAGAUAUGAACCAGAGUGCAGCAUAAUCCUAUCAAGCACAGGACACAAAAAUGGCUGAUCCAGAUGUCAAUGAGAACCAUCUUCUCAGAAACCCAAUUAUAAGCGAAGGGGUGUCACUAACGUUAAGGUUACAACACUACGAGAAUAGAAGCUUUCCACACAUACCAUUUCUCAGGAACCAUCAUCAUAGUUUAGUUAAUGAAAGAAAUGUUAACUGUACCUCCCAAAUCUAAAGUCACCACUCAUCAAUAUUGUAAGAAAUCCAUCCCAAGAAAAAAAAAACAUCAAUCAUAAUAACGUAUUUAAAUGCAACUGAAAUAAAGUUAUAGCUGCAUAUU